CGUUGAUUAUGUUGAGCGGCGGCGAGAAGACAAGGCUAUCUACUGAGCUAGCCUCUAUCGGCUUUCGGGUUUUCAUCACAUCUUCGUCUCUCGAGCGAGGUCAGAGGUCUAGACAUGGCGGCGAUGGAGGACCCCAAGAAACGAAAGCUCGAGAGAACCGGCACUGGCGACAGCGUCCUCGCUCGCCAAUCCGACGAGCAAUUGCGGUUGCUUCUCGACCCCCUCAGAAAGGACUAGCUCGUCGAUCUCCUAGUCAAGCUUGGUACUCAGAUACCUGAAGUUGCAGAAGAAAUUAGAGGUGUUGCAAGUGCAGAUCCUGUUCACCGCAAGCUUUUUGUCCGUGGCUUGUCUUGGGAGACUACUUCAGAAACCCUGUUUUCUGCAUUUAGCGCUCAUGGUGAUAUUGAGGAAGGUGCUGUCAUUACAGACAAAGCAACUGGAAAGUCCCGUGGAUAUGGCUUCAUAACUUACCGACAUAUGGAAUCUGCCCAGAGAGCACUACAAGAGCCAAGCAAGUUGAUUGAUGGCCGCUUGGCUGUUUGUAAUCUUGCUUGUGAGGGGCUAAGCAGUGGAUCUGUCAGCACUGACCUGGCACUGAGGAAAAUUUAUAUAGGAGGUCUUUCCCCAGAAAUUUCAAGUGAAACUUUGCUCAAAUUCUUUGGCAGGCAUGGGGAGAUAGAAGAAGGCUCAGUUGCUUAUGAUAAAGAAACAACCAAAUCAAAGGGAUUUGGCUUUGUUACAUACAAGACAGUUGAGGCUGCAAAAAAAGCAUUAGAUGACCCAAAUAAGAGUCUUGGAGGAAGGAACAUCACAGUGAAGCUUGCAGACUCGCACAAGAGUAAAGUGAUACAAACACAGGCACCAAUGUCAAUGGGCCCGCUAGCCCUUCCCUAUCAACAUGGAUUCACACAACAGGGGAAGUCUCAUGCCGUCAGCCCAGACCCAGUAGGCUAUGCUUCUUAUACGCAUGCCUUACCAUCAUACCCCACAACUUAUGGGAAUGCUCCCUCUGGCUUUGCACAUCAACCCUCAAACUUCAUAUAUGGGUUUAAAGAAAGAUCAACCUGGGUUACCAUCCACGACAACUGGAGUCACUGGAUUCUCGUUUUUAUGCAGCAAAAACCAUGA